AUGAACCUUAUUAGAAACACAUUUGAGAGUGAGCUUCGAGUCGACUACUUUGACAUGGCAGAUAUUGGAUUAAUUGGCUUGGCUGUUAUGGGCCAAAAUUUAGCUUUAAAUAUUGCUGACAAGGGAUUUACUAUUUCGGUUUAUAAUAGAACCUAUUCAAAGACAGAAGACACUGUCCAAAGAGCCAAAGAUGAAGGAAAAGGUGCCUAUCAACUUCAUGGAUAUAAAACCAUCGAAGAAUUUGUGAACAGUCUUGCUAAACCUCGCAAGAUUAUUAUGCUUGUUCAAGCAGGUAAUCCAGUAGAUUCGACUAUUGAAUUGUUGACUCCACUCUUGGACAAGGGAGACAUUAUCAUUGAUGGUGGUAAUGAAUGGUUCUUGAACACUGAAAGACGUGCCAAGAAAGCCGAAGAAUAUGGAAUUUUAUAUAUGGGAAUGGGAGUGAGCGGUGGUGAAGAAGGAGCUCGUCACGGUCCCUCUCUCAUGCCUGGAGGUCCUUUGGAAGCCUACAAUCAUGUGAAGCACAUCUUGGAAAAGAUUGCUGCCCCAUUAGAAAAUGAACCUUCUUGUGUCACAUAUAUUGGGGAACGAGGAUCUGGCAACUAUGUGAAAAUGGUUCACAACGGAAUUGAAUAUGGUGACAUGGAGCUUAUUGCUGAAGUUUAUGACAUGAUGAAGCAUGUUGGUAAAUUGACCAAUGAAGAAAUUGCUGAGGCUUUUUCUGAAUGGAAUAAUUCCGAAUUGAAGAGCUAUCUCAUUGAAAUUACAAGCAAGAUUUUCAAGAAGAAGGACGAUCAAGGAGAGGGCUAUCUUGUUGACAAAAUUGUCGAUAUUAGUGGUAGUAAGGGAACUGGUAAAUGGACAGUGCAAGAAGGAGCCGAGAGAGGAAUUGCCAUUCCAACCAUGGCUUCUGCACUCGAUGCACGUUAUAUUUCUUCAUUGCGAGAUCAACGAUUGCAAGCUGAAAAGCAAUUAACUGGACCAACACCAAACGAUCUUACAGAGACUAUUGACAAGAAGGUUUUGAUUAAGCAAUUGAAGGAUGCUCUCUAUUGUUCAAAGAUUUGCUCCUACACACAAGGAAUGAACUUGAUUGCUGAAGCUUCCAAGCAAUAUGGAUGGAAUCUGAAACUUGGUUCAAUUGCUCGUAUCUGGAAGGGUGGUUGUAUCAUUAGAGCCAUCUUCUUGGAUCGUAUUAAGAAUGCCUAUGAUCUCAAUCCUAAUUUACCAAGUUUACUCUUAGAUCCAGAUUUCAAUAAGGAAAUUGCUGAGAGGCAAGCUUCAUGGAGAAAGGUCAUUCAAUUGGCAAUCAAUGCAGGAAUUCCAACACCUGCUCUUUCCUCAAGCUUGGCUUACUAUGACUCUUACCGAAGGGGUCGUUUACCUGCAAAUUUGAUUCAAGCUCAAAGAGACUUUUUCGGAGCUCACACCUUCGAGAGACUUGACAUGCAAGGAAAAUUCCAUGCCAAAUGGGAGGAACAAUAA